AUGACAGAAUGGACUCAAUCAACUCUAUCCCACAUCGGUGCUAGGGACUAUGAUGUUCUACUUCUUCCCGGGGAUCUAUCCUAUGCGGACACACAACAGCCCUUAUGGGACUCAUUUGGCCGCCUGGUCCAGCCCUACGCCAGCGCUCGUCCGUGGAUGGUCACGCAAGGGAACCACGAGAUCGAAAUUUUCCCGAUCAUUCACCCGCACGGCUUCAAGGCUUACAAUGCUAGGUGGUUGAUGCCCUAUCGGGAAAGCGGGUCCACGUCGAACCUCUACUACUCGUUCGACGUGGCACGGGCCCACGUCAUCAUGCUCGGGUCUUACGCGGACUUCAAUUCUGAUUCAGAUCAAUACAAGUGGCUGCAGGCAGAUCUGGCGAGCAUCGACAGAGCCAUCACGCCUUGGGUUUUGGUGCUGGUUCACGUGCCAUGGUACAAUUCGAAUUCCGCGCAUAAGGGGGAGGGUGAAGGGAUGAGGAAAGCCAUGGAGCGAAUGGUGUACGAUGCGCGUGUGGACUUGGUGUUUGCAGGCCAUGUUCAUGCGUACGAACGAUUUACUAGGGUGUACGACAACAAGGCUAACGAAUGUGGUCCGGUGCAUGUUACCAUUGGGGAUGGAGGAAAUCGAGAAGGUCUAGCUAUGACGUUUGAAAGCCCUAGUCCUUCAAUCUCGGUUUACAAAGAAGCAAGUUUCGGGCACGGGCGACUGAGAGUGUUGAAUAGCACGCAUGCACAUUGGACGUGGCAUAGGAACGAGGAUGACAUGAGCUCGGUCGUAGCCGAUGAGAUUUGGUUAGAGAGAUUGGCCUCGUCAUCUGUUUGCAUGGAUGCUAGAAAGCCAUCGAAAAUUCAAAAUGAUGAACUAUAA